UCCGUUGUUCUCUGUUCCAGCAGUUUUUCAUAUUUGAGUCUCCAGUAAUCCGGAUGCCCGUCGAUUACUCGUUCAGUAAUAUCUGUUUCGUCAUCACAAAUCGACUUCUCAUUUCUUUCGCCAUUUUCGAUAUCAGCCAACUGAAAUAGUUAUUUGCUAGUAGUUGUAUAAAGAACGGAGAAAAUUCAAAACCUUGUCGACUUUAGAGUUGUUAGCCUUGGCAUUCUGCUUCCUUUUGCGAUUUGCAGCGGACAUAAUUUGGCUUGGUGGUCACGUGAUUUGGUGCGUACGCAUGCGCAAAGCCAACACAAUGCUCCGCAGCGGACGUGGCGCUCUCGUCGUCCUGGAAGGCUGCGAUCGCACGGGUAAGUCUACGCAGACGCAGAAACUUGUGCAAUGUCUGCAAAGUUCUGGGAAAAACGUAGAACUGCUGAGAUUUCCAGAUCGUACAUCUGCUAUCGGUCAGAUUAUCGGUGGAUAUUUAGAGAAAACACGUGAACUGGAUGACGCUGCUAUUCACUUACUCUUUGCUGCCAAUCGUUGGGAAGCGAGACCGAGAAUGCAACAUUUGCUUGAUAGUGGCACGACGCUUGUUGUUGACAGAUAUGCAUUCUCUGGUGUUGCAUUCACUGCUGCCAAGCAAUCGUUUUCAUUGGAAUGGUGUAAACAGCCUGAUAGAGGUCUCAUUCGACCAGACCUUGUCAUUUAUCUUGAAUUGCCAGUUGAUGCAGCAGUAAAGCGUGCCGAGUAUGGAGCCGAACGGUAUGAGAAGGUCGACUUUCAGAGACGAGUUUUUGAGUGUUAUGAACAACUGAAAGAACCAGACUGGCAGGUUUUGGAUGCCAGUCUGACUAUUGAAGAUCUUCAUCAGCAGAUAAAAGCUCUCACUCUGAAAGCAAUGGAAGAAUGCCACAACAAACCUCUACAACAACUCUGGCCGGUCUGAUUUGUCUAUUAAUAUAUUGUUUGGUUAAUUAGCUUCCUACAAUAUAUUUACAUUCUUCCUGCCAUGGCAAUCAUUUUGAUAUACA